GUAACCGGCAACGCUAGCAACAAAGUUUUGGAGAAGCGCGUCGGUUGAUUCCACGGGUCAAAAAGUCGUUAAACCUAUCGAGAAAGCAAAAUAUUUAAUCCUGCAAGUAAAAGGAAAAUACGCUAGCAUUUUAUCGCUGUUGUUCUGCUAGGAACAGCAAUGAGCGUGUCGUUGAGAGCGCCUGAUUUUUCAAAAGGAAAGAGCGGUCGGCCAAAAAGGCGGGAACUCGGAGAGGAACAGAAGCAAGAAAUUCGGGAGGCCUUUGAUUUAUUUGACACAGAUAAGGACAAGGCGAUCGAUUAUCAUGAGCUAAAGGUGUGAAUGAGGUUUAGGAGGCCAUAUAAUGUAUUUUAUGUGCUCUGAUAACCUACAAAACAUAAUUGCAUUCAUUUGCAUGUUGUGUAUCAUUGUUUAUACCAAAACCAGUGUCAUAUUGCAAGCGUUGUUGUCAUGAUCUGAUCAACCAAUCACGCUUAAUUAGCCACAUGAUGAUUGGCUGAGCUAUUAAUAAUUGAAACAUUCAAAUAGUCACUAAUAACAUAUUAAGUUGCAUUCCACCCUACUUUAUAAAUUAUUUCACUCUGUCUAACACCCGACGAUUUUACUCGUCAAGGAGAUAGCACUGGCGCUGAAUGGGUUAAGUUUUAAUUUCGGAGAUGGCAAAAAAUUAUUUUUAAAUAUCUUUGACUGUUCAUUUUUCAUAAACAAUGGUAUUUGUUAUGAAAAUAUUGUUAUCAUGUAGUAUUAACUAUGUUAUCACUGUAUCAUGUUAUAAUAAUGUUGUAGUCCAUUGUAUGGCAAUGUUGCAUUAAUGCAAUAACAACUAUUACAAGAAUUUUAUACAUACACUACUUCUAUUUGAAAUCUUACAUUUCAAAUGACCAAAGUAAUUACUGAAUGCCACCAAUUAACAGUAUCAAAUUUGGAAUUGAACAUCAUCAAAUUAAAAACCAGCCCGAACACUUUGGCAUAUGGUAAACUGCAAAACUUGUAACAAUCUAUCUUUUUGUAACAAGGUUGCAAUGAGAGCACUCGGUUUUGAAGUGAAGAAAGCCGACGUUUUGAAAGUAAUGAAAGAGUAUGACAAAGAAGCAACAGGGAAGAUCACAUUCGAUGACUUUUAUGAAGUCAGUAAGUACAUGGAAAUGUUUCAUCUCUCAUGAAAGCAGUCUGUAAGAAACCUACACCAACUUAUUUUUUCAGUAAUUUCAAUAAUAGUUUAUAGGAAUCGACCCCAUCCGUCUUAGGACACAUAGGACAUCUGUAGACACAAGAUGAAAUAUCCUUAGAAUAACAUGAUCUAUGUGCAACACCACUAUAGCAAUUUUUCUGGUAACAAAUUAUGCCUGAUAUUCUGCUAAUAAUGUUUUAUUGCCAUAUUGAUACAAAUAGCCAGAUCUCCCAUUCAUUAUCAAGUGCCAUACAUUUUUUAGUGACGGAUUGGAUGCUUGCCCGAGAUCCGCAAGAGGAAAUCUUUAAGGCGUUCAGACUAUUUGACGAUGACGACAGUGGUAAAAUAAGUUUACGAAACCUUCGUCGUGUCGCUCGAGAACUUGGCGAGACGAUGACAGAUGAAGAAUUACGAGCGAUGAUUGAUGAAUUUGAUAAAGAUGGCGAUGGUGAAAGUAAGUCAAAAGAAACUGUCUUGGAUUUCAGAACUUGAAUUUCAAGCUCAUGCACUAGUUAGCUUUUCUCAGAGAUGUGGACUAACAGAAAUUGUCUUCCUGUAAAAGAAGUUUCUUACAUAAAUCUUUCGACUUACCUUUUCACCUUAAAAUUUCCUGGCAUUUGGCAUAGAGUAGGUUAAUUAAGUGGGACAUGGGCGUAUAGGAAGAAAAUUUGUCUGACGUUUGUGAAAUUGACUGACAGCAAAAAUAUUCCCCAAAUUCCAAUUUUUAAGUACAAUCUGCCCGACUUUUAUGUACGAACUGCCUGACCAAAAAAUUAUUGUGUGGGGGGAGGGGGCUGCAGCCCCCUUGUAUGCCUAUGGACCCAUUAUCAGGGAUGUUUCCAGCAUGAUCUGGUAGGGGGGUGCUCUGGUGCCGACUGCUGAGUUGUGUCGGUCAUGUGUGCCGCCCGCCCAUCAACUACUGUAUUUGAAUUGUAAUUGUUGUUCACAGUUCACUUAUCAUCAUGUUAUUACUCAAAUUACUGUAUCUCAUUUUGUCUUUUUUGCUAAAAAAAUCAUAACAAAUAGCACGCCCCCCUGCACCCCCUCUGGCCAGUAAAUCCAUCCCUGCCCAUUAUACCACAUAAUAUUUCUACUUGUUUUGUCAUUUUAGUCAAUGAAGAAGAGUUCAUAGCCAUAAUGACAGGUGAUACAUAGUGUAAAGUUUAGAUGAAAUGCUGUCUGACAUAAACAGAAAUAUGUGAUCUUUGCCAAAGAUCUUUUCCUACAUCAAAAACUUUGUACAGAUUAUUUUUCAAAAGAAAGAACAGUCAGUGUAUUAUGCACAAAUUAUAAUACGUAAUUGGCCAAUUUAUUCUAGAUGUGAAUAAUCUGUCAGACUGAUCAUCUGCUCCAUCUAAACGCAAGACAGAAAUAUAGAAAUGUGCCAUAUAUACUGGCAAAGUAUGUGUAACUAACCCCAUCGUUUUGUUUUAAAAUAGAGGAUCUCCCUGUUUGUCACACCUAGAAAUCAUCAAAUGAACUAUUUUAUCUAAACCCAAGUUUGUCAAUAAGAUCAUCCAUCUCUAGAAUAAAUUGAGCCGUUUAUAAUUUAAAAUUACUAACUUGUUUUUUUAAACUUAAUUUAAUAACCGCAUCUGUAAAUAUAUAAACAAAAAACAAACUAGCUCUCAUUGGAAUAAUUGCUAUAUAUAAUGUACGUUAUGCAAUAAUAUAGUCACUUUCAAAAUAGAUGUAUUUUUACAAAAAUAUGAUCAAUACAAUACCUUAUCCUGUUACCAUAAUUUCCAACUUUAUAUCAUGAGAUUGAUUUUUCUUCAAUUGUCAAAACUGCAUUAAUAUACUGUAAUAUAACUUUAUUUAACCAUGUUUGUGUGGCUCGUCUGAACAGUCCACCCUCAUAGAAUCCAAGAUGGCCACCAAACUGCGACAGCACAAAUAACGCUUUACUAUUUGGUCCUAAAAACAGCGACAAAUUAAUGACAUUGCUGAC